GCGCGGGACUCGGCGGCCGCCGGCACGAGUGGCGCCCAUCCCCCGCCCGGCGGCGCCCGCCUCCCCGCUCCGGCCGUCCCCGUUCUCCUCCGGCGGCGCUCACCCGCGGCCGCGACGAUGUUGACGGGGCAGGAGAACCAGGAGAACGUUCCUCCGGGCGGCAAAGCGCCGCCGGGUGGCAAAGCGCCGCCGCCCAGCACCGCCGGCGCCCGCGUGGCGCUGGGGCUGCUGCGGGGCGCCCAGCAGCGGCCCGGGCUCCCGCUGCAGGCGGCACGGAGCGGCGGUGAGGGCCAUGGCGCGGCGGCGGGCCGGCCGAUCGGCGGGCAGCAGCCCUUCACCAUCCACGUGGAUGAGCCGGACGGGGAGCAGCGGCGGCGGGGUGCCCCGGCGACCCAGAAGGAGGAGGCGGCGGCGGCGCUGGGGCUGCGUGCGGCCGUCUGCGCCCUGGGGGAGCGGCGGCCCUUGGCGCCCCUGGGCAACGCCAUGGAGCUGAGCUUCGGUUCCCCAAGUAUUAUGGAUAUUUCAAUAACCUCAGAAGCAGAAGAGAAAAAACCAAACGUUAAUAAUGUGCCAGACUAUAUCGGCGAUAUCCAUACGUACCUUAGGGAAAUGGAGGUGAAAUGCAAGCCUAAAAUGGGUUACAUGAAGAAGCAACCUGAUAUCACAAACAACAUGCGGGCUAUUCUUGUGGACUGGCUGGUGGAAGUUGGAGAAGAAUACAAAUUACAGAAUGAAACCCUGCACUUAGCUGUAAAUUACAUUGAUAGGUUUCUUUCUUCAAUGUCUGUUUUGAGAGGAAAACUUCAGCUUGUGGGUACUGCAGCUAUGCUGCUUGCAUCAAAGUUUGAAGAAAUCUACCCUCCUGAAGUAGCAGAGUUUGUCUACAUCACAGAUGACACCUAUACCAAGAAGCAGGUUCUAAGGAUGGAGCACUUAAUUUUGAAGGUUUUGUCGUUUGACUUGGCAGCUCCAACAAUCAACCAGUUCCUCACUCAGUAUUUUCUACAUCAGCAGACAAACGCUAAAGUGGAGAGCCUGUCAAUGUACCUUGGGGAGCUGAGUCUAAUUGAUGCUGAUCCUUACCUAAAAUACUUGCCAUCAAUUAUUGCUGCUGCAGCAUUUCACCUAGCAGGCUAUACAAUCACUGGACAGACUUGGCCUGAAUCCCUGUGCAAAGUAACCGGCUACACCCUUGAAGACAUCAAGCCUUGCCUCAUGGACCUACACAAGACCUACCUCAAAGCAGCACAGCACACACAACAGUCCAUAAGGGAAAAGUACAAGAGUACAAAGUACCAUGGAGUAUCGCUUAUUGACCCACCAGAGACACUAAACGUAUUGUAAUAAUCAAGAGACUGAUCUUUUUAAAAGAUGUAUAUUACAAGAAAAUGAUGUAUAGUUUUAAAUGUGGUUCAAAAUUCUAGAUGUGAUCACUUGGAAUAUUAAUACAGGUUUUGAUGAGCUUAAUUAUGAAGUUAGUUUUAUGUGGUUUUAAUGUAAAUCUUUUGUACAUGCAAUCUUGUUAAAAUAUUUAGCUGGGGUUUUAUAAAAAUGUUUUCUUCAAGCACGGAAAUAACCAUGCAGACCAAGUGAAGUCUGAGACUGCUUAUCUAAUUAUAGACUAAACAUUAAUAUUAGCAGUGCAUUAUUUUAUAGUAGGGCUUUUUCUCCAAGUAAGAAUGAUGUGGACUCCACAGCAGUAUUUGUAGCAUUUUUAUGCUGUCUAGUUUAAACUGAGACUUAGUAUAGAUCCAAAAUGUGGCUUAAUGGCUAUAAUACUGGAAGAAAACAUAUAGCCAUGAGGAGAACACCUUGCUGGAAUUGAUUCUGAGGCUCUUUAGGACGUGCAGUGAUUGCUACGUAAUGUAUUGCCAGAUCUCCAUCAGGUUAAAGGUUAACACUGAUGCAGGGACUGCAGGGUUAAAACUAGUAUAUCAGUUCAUACUUCUCUCUUCCAGGACGUAGGAAAUGGUCUUGCUACAGGUAUUUUCUAGUCAAUGUGUAAAACUGAUACUAAUUUAAACCCACAGAAUUCCCACUGAUGUGUUAGCUGUCCUGAAAGCCCAUCGAUACCUACUAAAAAAUUUAUAGCCAUCAGUCUGCUUACCUACUACCACUUGAGGGGUGGCGGAGGGAUUAAACUGCAGGAGGGUGAACUACUGCUCUGUGCCUCCAGGAGGAGGGAACGUCUUCUGGCAUGGAUGGGCUGUGUAUAGAAUGGUACGAAUUCUGUACACUUUUUGCUUGGAAAGGGUUCCUCUGCAGCAUGCAGCAAAAAUGAAGACUAACUGGUGUAAUUUUUCCUUAGUUGUAGAACCAUUACAUGAGCGAACUAGCAAAUAAUCGUAUUAGAUCAAGGGGACGUUUACCUUCAACCUGUGUAAAUGGAGUGAUGCUGCCCUGCACCUGCUGUUCUUUGCAUGUAAAGCAGUGAGUGCAUGGAAAUGGGUGUAAUUAAGCCAUUUCCAGGUUGGCUAAUAAACAGCUUUUACAUCUGACAUUAGUGGUCUUGCCAAUACUUUAAAACCAGUUGAGGGGUAGUACUACCACCUUAAACUGGCAUUCAUUUCCAAAGCUUUUUGGCAACGGCUGUCCUGUGAAACCUGUGCCACUUCAACUUGAUUCAAUGCUGUCUGUCUGGUUAUCUGGACACCCAACAACUAGCAGGAUAAAUUCUUCACAGAUGUUGAACAGCUGUUAUGGUGUGGGCUAUUUAAAAUAAAUUUUUAAAAAAUCACCAGCCCUCUGUCAAGCUGACAAAUGUUACGGUGAAACAACUCGCACAGCUUGAGUCAGUAACUGAAAAUGUGCUAUUCUGCCCUCACCCCUGCUCUGCAGCCCAAGCCCUCCGUGGUCCAGCUCGGUUAUAAAACUGAUCCACUCAAGUGGUGGUGGCUUACCCAGUCAAGACAAAAGUACGCAGCAGAGGCUGCCUUUUUUGGUCAAUGCGAGCUUUUUAGGAUGCACUUUGACUUUUAUAUGUGUUCUAAUAUUUAAUGAAGAACUGUAUUUCAUUGGUCUACCACAUUCUCUGAUAGCCUUUACUUAGCUUAGUUUCAUUAGGUUGCCACUGAAAAGCUAAAACUAUUUGGGAAAAACCUGUGCAGUGGAUCGUGUCUGGUGCUUAGUGUUGGGAAUGCUCUAACGCUGACUGGCUGUUAUUCUUUGAAGACAAUAGAGCACAGCGCUCUUCCUGAGAAACCGGGUUCUGCCUUCCCCUUCUUUUUUUGUGGUGUAUGCUGGAAACUGUCCAAGACCACUGAGAAACAUGAACACUGGAAGAGGAGUAAGUUAGAGGAAGCUUGUGAAUUAUUCUCCCCAGAAAAGAGCAAGUAGCAGUACUUAAGUGGAAGAAUUUCAGCAGUUUAUAGUAUUAAUUUACUAUGUAAUGAAAUGUCUCCUUGCUCUAUUUGCAGUGGAACUUGUUCUUCUACUGGUCCCACAGCACAGGAAAAAAAAAAUCUCCCUUGCUCCCUGAGCUUUGCUUUCAACAUACCAAUACAACUUCCUCUGCAGCCUAAAAAUAUGCUUUGGUGAUGGGCUGGCCCCUCUGCCCAGUAUAAUGAUGUUCCUCCUUCCUCACUGCCAGCUUCUGCAGGAAGCAGCAUCUUUUUCAUCUUCUCAUUUUCCAAAAUUAAGAUGGGAUGAUUCUAGCUCUUGCUACUAAGCUUUGAACAAAAUAUCCCAGGUUGUACUGUACUACUGUUUUGCCUAUCCAGUUUAACUUCUAAUCCUUCCCAAAUAGCCUCUGAGGCAUGCAGGGUAGGAGAUGUGUGUGAAGAGAGAAAUGGCAGUGCAAAGAAUACUGUUGGUCUUCCUGAAGAAGGUUAAGGUCUUGUGGUACUGCAGAAGAAACUGAAUCUUCACUCAUUUGUGUACUCCUGACAGUGACUUUGGGUUGGAAGAACUGCCACUAAGAAAACGCACUGGUUUAGUUCCUGGAGGAAUGGGGCUUUUGGUGUUUGUCCCCUUCUGAAGUAGCACAACUUGAUUAAAGCUUUGCUUGGCAGGGAGCCAUUUUUUAUUUUUUACAUUAAAUUCUAAACCUGGUUUGGGGAAUGUAGUAUCUGCAACAGUAACUUCUCUCCUGUUCCUAUUUUAUGAAAUACUAAGGUCAGAUGUAAAAUAGUCCUACUUUGCUCUUGUAAAUAUGUGCAUGUUUCCAAUUUGACUUGGUUUUUCAACAAAGUGGCUAGGUCAGGUAUUUUGGAAGCCUCCUCGCCUCUUUGUUUUGCCCAAUUCCAAAUUCAGAGCAUAGUUCUUUGAAUAUAGUUGAAAAAGCAUUCCUGUCUGUUGCAUGUAAUAUUUAAUUAAACUUUUUAAGAAACUCCAUUGCUGAAGUACCAGUUGCUUCUCUCUGAAAGUUUUGCAGUUAAGUACGUGCAUUUCUGCUGAUUUUUAUACAAAGCUGUUUCAGUAAAAGGUAAGAUGUGGAGUGACACAGGCAAAGUCUCACACACAGCACACCCCUUCCCCUGUGAAGAACAUUCCAAGGUAUGAAACACUUCAAGGUGUGGUAAUAGCUAUUGUAAUUAAAAGAAGCUUUUCCUGGCAUUAAACUUGAGCUAUAAUUCCUUUUACAACCCAAACUCUGACUACAGGCAGCUCGCUUCAGUAAUGGCAGAGGCUGGUUUGUUAAAAACCUACAUCUUGCAUCUACAGUGCAAGGUGUAGAA